CUACCAUGUAUCUUCCUCGCCGAUUAAUCUCGCACCUAUACCUACAACUCCUUAAAUCGCACCAUCCGCUCUCUCCGCCGGUUCUACUUCUCGUGGCUCUCGAUCCGGAUGCUCUUUGCGCGUGCCGUAUCCUCACUGCCUUGUUGAAACGCGAUUAUAUACCCCACAAGAUCCAACCGGUUGUGGGAUAUGGAGACCUGGCUCGCGCGGGGGAGGAGCUGGUCAAGCCCAUGCAGACUAGUAACGGGGGUAGUGGAGGAGUUGUAGUCUGCCUAGGGGUUGGCGGACUUGUUGAUUUGAGCGAAAUACUAUGUCUGAACGCGGAAGACGACGCGGACGAUAUGGGAGGCGUAGAGGUCUGGGUGUUUGAUUCCAGAAGGCCGUGGAAUCUGGGGAAUGUAUUCGGUGGACAGCCGGGGAUUAAUCAGUCGUCGGAACAGACGGAUGUGCUUGCGCGACAGAAAGGACGCGGUGUUGAUAAAGGCUGUGUCAGUCAAUCCUACGCGUCAGGGUCUGGCGGUAUCUUUGUGUACGAUGAUGGGGAUAUUGAGGAGGAAUUGAUACGUGAAAGGGAAGCUUAUUGGGCAUUGAUGGAAAUGCCUGAGGUGGAUGAGGACGAUGACGAUGAGAGUGACGGGUCAGACUGUGAGGAUGGUUUAGGGCAUGAUCCUGGACUGGGUAGCAAGAAACGAAAGUCUUGGUCGGGGCACGAGGAUGGUGAUGAGUCCGAUGACUACGAUGAACCACCUCGUCGGCGAAGGAGAAGUGACUCUGGUUCAUUUAUUAUUUCCUCCCCUAGCAACCAACGGCAGAUCUUGCACGACUCUUCAAGUUCCUCACGCUCGGUCACUCCUGUUUCAGAUCCUCUCUCCCCUGUCGCACCGAAGCAGCCUUCAGCGCGUUCUUUGAGAAGACGAUUGAUCCGACUUAAAAGGAAACACGAGGCUGUAUUACAAGCUUAUUACUCCUCGGGAACAUCUUAUUCAGAACCUAUCUCGUCUCUCGUGUAUUCCCUUGCAUCUGAGCUUGGACGCGAAGACAAUGAUUUACUCUGGUUAGCCAUUGUCGGUGUGUCUAGCUUGGAACUCAGUGGGCGUACAAUGUCCGGAGUUGGAAUUUCCAGCGCAUCUGAAUCUGGGGGAUCGGCAGGCUGGGGUGGAGAACGUGGAGAGCGAGUUCGCCAAAUACUAAGAGACGAGGUUCAUCGUCUCAAUCCUCCCGAUCCAUACGAACGAGAUCGCGAUAUACGCGGGGAAAUAAAUGGAGUUAUUCCCACUACUGCAAGAUCUCCAACAGACAAAUCAAUUCGCCUUUCUCCUGAGCCUCGUUUUCUUCUCGUGAGGCAUUGGUCACUGUAUGACAGUAUGCUGCAUAGCCCUUAUCUUGCAUCCAGACUUCACGUUUGGACAGAGAAUGGACGGAAACGACUACACAAACUUCUGGCUAAAAUGGGCGUAAGCCUCAGCCAGUGCCGCCAGAGCUAUACUCAUAUGGAUAUGGAAUUGAAACGAGUUCUACGACAACGCCUAUUGAAAUAUGCCCCCAUGUACGGGUUAGAUGGGUUGGUCCCGCCUGAGGCCUCUGGCCAUGCCGCUUCCCGGGAAGGUUGGGGAUUUGUACGUUGCUGGGGCUGGAAGGCUUGUCUCUCGGCCACGGACGUCGGAGUCAUAGUUGGUGCGAUCCUCGAGGUCGGACCGGAAGACGCUUGCUCCUCGUGGGACGCGAAACAUGUGUCCGGACCAAGGAACGAUAAUAGCUCUAAUGAUCCUCCUGGUUCAGCAUGGUCUGAUAUGUCCAGUCUCCUGCCUCGCUUCUGGACUGCUUACGAUACAUUAUCGUUGACCUCGGAGGCUCCUACGCUGCUUCUCGAGGCUCUCCCACUGGCCCAGCAUCUCCACCGUGCUAUUUUACGCACAGGUACAUCCUUACUGUCAAAGCAUCAGAUCCGCCAUUUGCGCGCAUUCCGCAUUGCUGUGGUGAAGGAUGGUCCUGAUGUUAAGCUCUUCACGAAUCCUGGAGCGUUAACCAAACUUGCUUUGUGGAUUGGAGAGGCUAUCAGCGUACAAGAAAGGGAAAAGGGUGCCUCUCUAAAAGUUGGCCGCAAGAGAGCACCAGGAACCCCUCUUGUGCUGGCAGGGCUUGAUGAGGAUAGAGAUCUCUACGUGGUUGUGGGCACAGGUGGUGGUGGCGGAGUGAUUGAUUAUGCUGCCAUGUCUAAACGACAAGAUGAGCGCCGCAAGAAGAAAGAAGAGAAGGAAAAGAAAAGACAGGAGCGGGAAGAGCGCCGGGCCCAACGCGCUGCCGAACGAGCCGGAAGAGGAGAAGAUGAAGAUGAAGAGGAAGAAGCCGAUGACACCGAAGAAUCGUCAUCUGAGUCCUCCGAGUCCGAGUCUGAAGGGGAGCAGACACAUGGAAACCAGCAUCUUCUCCGAAACCGAUUUGGUCUUGCAUUCCAGGAAGUCGUGCAAGAAACCAACACCCGGGUGCGGAUUGACAGCUUCGAACAUUGCGUGGUGGAAGUGCAACGAGAGCAUCUCGGCGGGUUCCUUGAGGCAUUGAGUUUCAGGAGCGUGGUCGGGUAGGACGUUCGUUUCAUAUUUUGAUUUGAUUCGGCAUAAUCUGAUUGCGAAUUUCUUUUAUUCUUCUGGAUAUAUCUGCGGUCUCCUGUGCUAAGUGUUCGAGGUAUAUGGGGCCGGUAUUUCUGAGUUGGUGCAUCUGGUCUUUUUUUAACUGCUCUGUUGGAUUCCUGCAUGCAUUCUCAUCAUGCUCUUCUGUCUCUGCUGGCUCCUGCCAUGGUUCAUUUCAUAUAUCCCUUUCUGCACAUGUCAAGGCGCUGAAGGUGUUACUAAUGGACUGGAUGUGCUUUUACUUUCCUCUUGUCUGUUCUUUCCAUGUGUCAUGAUGUUAUAUACAACCGAGUGAAGUGAUGAUUAUUCUGCAUUCCGUCGUCUAUCGAGUUGAUUUGAGCUUUCAUUAGAACAUCUAGAUAUUAUUCC